AUGACCAACGGGACCAACGAUCACGAGCUGACCAGCGCCAACCUGGCCGCAGCGGGCGGCAAGAGCAUCCCCGAUUACCUGCGCGAGGCCUUCCCGGAAGCGGACACGAGUCAAGCCGCCAACGUCGCGAGCAGCAGCAAGAAGGGGCUCUACGAGACGCUCUCCGGCAAGCCUCUGCCGGAAAAGGGCAGUGUCAUACCCUCGCCUUCACCGCCCGAUGACGACGAGGAAGGGAGAGAUCUGUACGAGACGCCCUUCUACAUCAAGGUCCGGGGCAAGGGCAAGGGGAAAGCGGUGCUCUUUGAGAAGGGACGAUCGAGCGUUGCACAGAUUCAUGAAUGGGCAGCUCAGAUGAACGUCGAAGAUCCGGUCUUUACCCACACUUCGAGUGGCGCUGCCCACCUGCUCGCCUUCACCGUCACAGUGAACUUCGACGGCCUGAUCGCAACCAGCCCCCGGUCCGCAGGGUCUAUCAAAGACGCCAAAGAGCUCGCUUGCGCCGAUCUCGCCGAGCAGAUCCUCCUGCGCAAUAGGGACGUCUUCCGUCUCAAGGCCUGA